AUGAUUCUGCAAGCAGCGCUCUCAUAUAGAGCGCAUAGUCUUGCCAUGUAUGGCGUUGAUCUGCCUAUGAUCAAGCCGUGGACAAGCCGCCUGAGUGCCAUCAAUGGUGUGUUGAAGCUUGUCGAUUUUGCCAUGAGGUUCAUGCUCGACCCAAGCAAAGCAGACAUGGAAAAUGUGUCGAGAGAGCUUCUUGCAGAGCUUGUGACAAUGUUUUUGCAUCAGCAGAUGAACCUGGUUCUGAGAGGGACCACAGAGCUCAAAGAACACUUCAACCAACUCUGCCCCGAGAUCCUCAAAACUCUUUGUCUGACUUCCCAUCUCCCAAACGCUCUCAUGCUUGCCACAUCCUACGCUGACUUCCAUUCUCUCACUGUGCUGUUUCACCAGGACACCGUCUACCCACUCUCUUGUAAUCUGCAUGUGCACACAAUUGAAGAGUGUGUUGACCGCUUUGGAGGAAUGUUUGUAAGGGAGGUUGUGCGGUGGUGUGUGGUGCAUGGGGAAGUGAGAAUAGUAUUUGCGAUGGAGGAAAGUGAGAGGUGUGAGUGGGGGAAGUAUAUGGAUGAGUACUGGGUGGAGGAGGAGGGACAGGAAGGCAAAUGUGAUGCAGUGGCAUGGUUGAGGGUAGUGCAGGCUUUUGUCAUGAUACUAUGUGCAGUGCAUCUGCUCUUCCAGAACCUCCAAUGA